AUGAACACUCACAAGCAGGUUUUGGCAGAAGAAAAGCCUAGAAUUAAAAUAACCGAUGAAAAUGAGCUAACAGUGAGCUAUGCCAGUGAUAACACUCCUUCUCAGUGUAAUGUCACUGAUUCUGGCCACAGCUCAACCAGUGGUUCACUAAAGAGGAAUGAGUCGAACUCCAUAUACAGACAAUCACCGAAAUUCAAUAAUAAACGACACAAAUACUGCAAUAAAAUGACGCGAAAAAACUCCAACCACUCGACAGUACGCGUGGAAUCAAGUCUUAAGAAUAUCACAGAAACUAUUGAUUUGAGAGAAGAAGCCGACGAUAAGAGGUGUUUAGUGAAACGCAUAAUCCAUUUGAUGACUUACGGCAUAUUCGUCACUCUUCUGCAAAUAAUCGGAGUCAUCGGUGCGUACGGUUUGUUUGGCCAUCAGUAUCACGAAAUCAUCUUUUGGUUCUCCUAUCAGACUAUCUAUAGAUCAAAGAUACUUUAG